AUGGACGCGCCCGACCCACCCCCGCGCGACGACCGCGGCGAGAUCGACGACGACGAGAUUAACCACGACGACGAGUCGGAGGAGGAAGACGACGACAUCGACCGCGACGAGGACGUCGCCGCGACCGCGUCCGGGGAGGAUCCGGGGAACGCGAUCGACCACGCCGCGGACGACGCGCGCGACGACGCGGCGUCCACGUUUCAUCAGCCGCCGACGUCCGUCGAGGUGCGCCUCGCGCGCGUCCGUCGUCCUCUCGUCGUCCUCGAGCGCGUUUACUCGUAG